AUGCUGCAUCCGGCACUCUUGAUACCACUUCACCAGACAGACGUCCACCGCCUUGCCCGCAUCUACUGUAUCAGCACCGCACCCGCAAUCCGCCUCACCGGAGACCAGAAAAGCAAUCCAUCUUAUCCACCAAAUAACGGGACCAACCCGCCUACCUCAUCCAACCGAACUCGUCUCUUACGGAGCAUCUCCAGGUCUCCAACAACCACAAGCAAGGCACAGCAGACCAGGCCUAGGCCUCUCUUACAGAUCAGCACCACAAGGCUCCUGCAGCAGGGGUCAAAUCACCAGGAAACCGCCAAUCCGCUUGCUCAUCCUCUGGACCUGUUGCGUCACACGCUCCCGCCUUUCUCUCUCCCCCAGCUUCCUAAAUCCUCGCUCGUCAAUCAGGGAUCGCUUCUCGAGGCCGUCUUUAUCGAGCGCCAAUUUUCGAACGAGACUACUGGCUGCAUUUCGUGGUCUGCGUGCCUGCGGCAGAGAAGCGAUUCGGUCACCCCUCUUCCUACUUGUCUCUUCGUCGCCUUCGACCAAGAGACACAGACAAAAAGUGACACAGCAAGCGGCAGACGAUCUUAA